AUGCAUAUUUACAAAUUUCUGUAUCAAUUUGUCGAUACAAUGACAAUUAUACUGGGUAUUGAAGGAAGCGCAAAUAAGUUGGGUGUUGGAAUAGUGCAAGAUGGUACAGUCCUUGCUAAUCCAAGAGUAACGUAUAUUACUCCACCUGGAGAGGGUUUCCAACCGACAGAAACAGCUAGAUUUCACCAAUCACAUAUCAUUGAACUUGUUCGAAAGGCUAUCAGAGAGGCAAAAAUUGAUCCAUCUGAAUUGAAUGCUGUUUCUUAUACCAAGGGUCCUGGAAUGGGAGCUCCACUUUUAACUGGUGCUGUUGUUGCUCGUACUCUUGCCCAAUUGUGGAACAAACCACUGAUUGGAGUUAAUCAUUGUAUAGCACAUAUUGAAAUGGGUCGCCUUAUUACCGGUGCAAAAUCACCUAUUAUACUCUAUGUCAGCGGUGGUAAUACACAAAUCAUUGCUUUCGUUUCUGGUCGUUAUCGUAUUUUCGGUGAAACAAUUGAUAUAGCACUGGGAAACUGUUUUGACAGAUUUGCUCGUAUUGUCAAUCUCUCGAAUGAUCCUAGUCCAGGUUACAAUAUUGAAAAGUUAGCAAAACAAGGAUCUAAAUUUUUCGAAUUACCUUAUUCAGUAAAAGGUAUGGAUGUUUCAUUCGCUGGAUUAUUAUCCUAUUUGGAAGAACGUGCUCCUAAACUCUUAGAAACAGGUGAAUAUACUGUAGCUGAUUUAUGCUUCAGUCUACAAGAAACAGCUUUCGCUAUGGUUGUUGAAAUCACUGAACGAGCUAUGGCACAUUGUAAUGCAAAGGAGGUUCUCAUUGUCGGUGGAGUUGGCUGCAAUGUUCGUUUACAAGAAAUGAUGGGUUGUAUGGCUGAAGAACGUGGUGCCAAAUUAUUUGCAACCGAUGAGCGAUUUUGUAUUGAUAAUGGCGCCAUGAUAGCACACACUGCAUGUUUGAUGUUUAAUGCUGGUUUGUGUUUCCCUCUGAACGAUUCUAUCGUCUCUCAACGCUAUCGUACAGAUGCCGUGGAUGCAGUUUGGCGUGAUGACUGACCUCAGUUGUAUAUUACUUGUAAAUAUUUUUCUACAUCAAGAAUAUAAUAGCUGCUAUUUUCAAUUCUUUUUUUUUCUUAUGAACACUGUUCGACUUUUGUAUAUACUACUUUUAUAAUUGAUCUAGAAAUGUUGACACAUUCUACUAUAUAGUGUAAAUUAAUAAGCACUUAUAAACUUAGGAUUGAGUGUAAGUGUACAAAAUUAUACUGUAAUUGUGGGUUGGUAAAGUAUGCUUAAAUUUAUAGUUUUCAUUCAUUUACUCCAAUUAGAUUUUAAAUAUUUUGUCAUACAUACUUCGAAUAAAACUGUGGUUUACUAGGAGUGUACUUCAGUUUACCAGUUGGCUAUGAUUUCCAUGUGUCAGGGAUCAUGUUGAUCAGGGCAGUUGUUUUUUUCUAAUGACGGAUGAACAUCAGCUACAAAAUCACUGGAUACCGAGAACACUAAUUGUCUUUUAGGAGUUUUCAGCGAUACAAAUCCAUAAUUUUAUUUGAGGAUUAUAUUCCACAGUGAUUUUAUGACAUAUCUGAUAAUCAGAUGCAAUGCCGUCUCUGGGUUUUUUAACUUAUUUUUUUUUUAGUAGUAUUAUGCAGACGCAGUAUAUCAUGAACUUCCAUAUUAAACAUAUAUUUUAGAAUCCAACCAAUACACUUUGUAUCUGCAAACUACACUGGUUACUGUCCACUAUCCCUCUCUCUCCCUUUAUUUAUUUAUUUAUUUUUUGACUACAGCUUGAUUCCAUACUGUAUUUUUGGAACAAGUAUGGAAUUUUCAGCAUGUGAUAUCGGUAGCCCAAAUUUUGUAGGCCGACCAUUGAUAUCGGGUGUGCGUCGGUAGGGGAUCGAACUUCGGACCAUGUGGAUGGUCGGCGAGAGUUCUAACCACUGUGCCACCGACGCUUUAGGGGAAUUCGCCUUGAGAUCAUGUCAUGAAAUAAGCAAGACUCUAAUACUCAAAAUUACAAUUAAGUUUGAUAUUUAUACUUAAUCAUUACUUGCUGUUAUAGUGAAAACCAAUAGUUUCCCUACAUAUUUAAAUAUAUGACCAUGAUUACAAAAUCAAUUAGUUGUAAUUACUCUCCGAGUAAUUGUCAUUGUGUCAUACCUGCAUGUUUGAUAUAUGAUAAAUACAUUUUAAAUUUGUAAAAAAUUAUAUUUGUAAAAUCUCAGCGAGAUUGAAAUGAGUAAUUCCAACGUUUCGUCUGGCAAUCUGGUCCGAACUUCUUCAGGAUAUUAAUCAAAAUUAACAUAACAGAGGUUUGUAUAUAAAAGGAACAUUUCUUGUUUUUAAAUACUCUGUCCAAUCAUGAUUCAUAAAACAAGUAUUAACAAGUACAAUAAAUAAAAAAUUGUACGAGCUGUGAUCAAAAUUUAACCUCGGACUUACGAAUUUCGAUUAAUUUCCCUAAAGA